UAGCUAGAGACUUUGACUUUGCUAGCUGACUUAUAGCCUCUGCACACUGAGCCCAUCCCGGGGGAAUGGUGGGAUUUUUUGACAAAUGUGAAACUCCGAUUCACACUGCCACCAUCCACCAUCCACCAUCAACCAUCCAUCAAAAACAGCUGAUGCCAAUAACAAGUUCAUUAAAUUUGCGCGGAAGAUUUAUUAAUUCUUAAUAAUGGAUGAUAGAGAUAUAGCAAUUAUUUCGGCUGUGGUUGCACAGCAAAAUAUUUUCUUGCACCAACUAAUUAUGUUGCUUAAUGAUGAUGACGAUGAGGACUUUAACUUUGACGAAGAUGAGAUGCUUGACUGGGUCACUGCCAUAAAAACACAAAAGCCAGGAAGGUUAUGGUCGUAUAAGCGGUUCGGGACAUUUUGGGAGAAAGAUGUACCAGAAAACAACGAGGCGUUUUUCAAAGAGAGUUUCCGAAUGGAGAGGCCCUGCUUUGAUAUUUUAGUGAAUCGGCUUGAAGUGCUGCGAAAGAAGGACACCAACUGCCGAGCUGCAAUUCCUUUGGAAAAGCGCAUCGCCAUUGCGCUUUACACUUUGGGCUCGUCCUCUGAGUACCGAACAGUUGGCAGGCUUUUCGGUGUAGCUCCAAACAGUGUGUGUAAUAUCCUGCACGAGUUUUGCAGAGCACUUAUCCACGAGUUUUCGAAUGAGUACAUGUCGCCCAAUUACCUAACUUCCGACAAAAUUGAUGAGUGCGUAAAGGGAUUCGAGGCAAUUGGGUUUCCUCAGUGCCUAGGUGCAAUUGAUGCAUGCCACAUCGAAAUAAAACCACCAGCAGCUGAGGCAGUAGACCACCAUAACUCUAAGGGCUGGUAUUCCACAGUCUUGUUUGCCCUAGUGGAUCAUAGGUAUGCAAAUGCAAAUAUCUUGCACAAAAAUAUGUAGUUAGCAAGUUGGUUUAAUGUCCUAAAUUAUUUAAAUCCGAUUCUUUUUAGAUACAGAUUUACAUAUGUAAAUAUCGGCUCUGCAGGAAGGUGCAAUGACUCGAUGAUAUACCAGAAGUCAAGCCUUGCAAAACAUAUCGAAGCAUCGGCAUUACUCCAAGAGAAAGCCAAGGAAAUAAGCGGAGUAAACGUCCCUGUAAUGCUUAUCGGGGACUCGGCAUUUAGGUUUUCUGAAAAGCUGAUGAAACCUUACCCGUUUUCCACAGUCGCCUCUUUGGAACAGUGCACGUUUAACAGCAACCUUUCCAAAGCUAGGCGAGUGGUGGAAAUUGCAUUUGGGCAUUUAAAAGCCAGAUUUCGAAUAAUCGGAAAAGGUCUUGGUAGCCACCACAAAAAUAAUAGCGCCAUAAUAAUGAGCUGUUGUAUUUUACACAAUAUAUUAAAUAUGCACAACAGCGCGAUUAAUGAAAAUUGGGAGCUUGCAACAAAUGAUCAGCGCGAACAGCCCGAUACCAGCAACAGUUCUGCUGACUUUAAUCAGUCAGCAGAACAGAUACGAUCUGCAAUCGCAAAAUAUUGUGUAGACCGUAAUAAAAAUUAAAAACUUA